GGUUGCUAGGAUUCUGCAAUGAGGGACAACAUCGGCUUUUGGUGUAUGAAUACAUGAGCAAUGGAUCUUUAGCAUCUUAUCUUUUAAGGAAUCCAAGGCCUAGCUGGUACAGAAGAACUGAAAUUGCUUUUGGAACUGCAAGAGGGCUUGCUUAUUUGCAUGAAGAGUGCAGCAACCUGAUCAUACAUUGUGACAUCAAGCCUCAAAAUAUCCUACUGGAUGAUUCCUUGACAGCAAGAAUUUCGGACUUUGGAUUAGCAAAACUUUUGGAUAAAGAUCAGACACGAACUCUUACAGAAGUUAGGGGAACAAGAGGAUAUGUUGCACCUGAAUGGUUGAUUGGAAAGAAGCCUAUAACGGUCAAGGUUGACGUCUACAGCUUUGGAAUUCUGCUGCUAGAGCUCAUUUGUUGUAGGAGGAAAGUUGAGCAAGAUUUAGAGGAUGAAAAACAAAAGGUAUUAGCUGAUUGGGCAUAUUAUUGCUAUGAAGAAGGGAAACUGCAUCUUCUAGUUCAGGAGGAUGAAGGGGCAAUGGAGGAUAUUAAUAGGAUGCUAGAAGGAACCGUUGAAGUUCCUUAUCCUCCAGUCAAUCUCUAUUCAUCAGCUUAAUUUAAACUUACCAAAGCCCCAUGAUCAGUUGAUAAAGGAGUGUGGUCAAUAUAGUUGGUUCUUUGGAUUCAUGGGGUGAUCUCUGUUGAUCUUGUGAGGCUUUCUUCUAGAUAUUCCUAGUUACAUGUUAGGUGAAUAAAUGUGUUAGGGCUGUGUUUCACCUAAAUUGUUGAACUCGUGUAUGUUUAUGUUUGACUGCAUUAUUCAAUAAAGAUUCCACCACUCA